AUGGCAAACCACGCUAUCGUCUUCGGCGCAUCCGGCGUGAUUGGCUGGUCUUUGGUGAACCAAUUGUUGAGUCCCUACCCCGAUGCUGGCACCUUCUCCAAGGUCACUGCUAUCACGAACCGCCCUCUCAACCCUUAUGAGACCCAUUGGCCUGAGUCAAGUUCGGAACGACCAGAUCUUCAACUUGUCUCAGGCAUUGAUCUCCGUCAAGGUGGUGGGACUACAUUAGCAGAUACUCUAAAACGUACAGUGAAAGAUGUCGAAAUUUUCACCGCAGUCAGCGAGAUUAGAGAAGAAGUCGCAACAAACCGACAGAUGCUUAAGAAUGUCAUUGCUGCCCACAGUUUGAUCAGCCCCGAGCUGAAGUUUGUGGCCUUUCCUGGUGGGACACGGGGAUACGGCAUAUACGUCCCCGGAGGCACGUUCACUCCUCCACUGCACGAGGAAAUGGUGAACGACCUUCCAGUCAAUUACGCAAAGACAGUUGUCUAUACAGAGUACCGUAUGAAGAUUGGUUUUACCCCGAACGGCUCCCAGUACAGUCUAUCACUACACUGGGCCCAGUUUCUGUCUCUGUGGGCAUACAACCAUGGAAUCGGACCACACAGAGAUGGAACCAACAAAGCCGUCGAAGUACCCUUCCCUGGCAGCACCGCUGGUGCCACAUCGUUGUUCUCUCCAGUAUCAAGCAAGACUAUUGCGCGAUUCAUGAUCUAUGCCUCGCUGCACCCAGAAACCUGCGGUAAUGGUCAGCUGUUCAACAUUGCCGACAACGAGACACCGUGCAAGUAUGGUGAGAUCUGGCCCCAUCUGGCAGAAUGGUUCGGCCUAGUAGGAGCGAGACCCGCUGAGAGUCCAAAGUCUCUGGAAAAUACGUUGAAGGUUGGCGAGGUCCCUGAGACUACCCCCUCUGUGAUGCCUGGAGAGUACAUUGCCCAGCAUAAGGGCAAGUUUGCCGAAUAUGGACUUCCGAAUGCUGUCACUAAAGGCGUUAGGGUGGGUAACCGGCAGCUUGACAGUGUGGGCUACUCAUUGACUUUCGACCGAGAGUUAAGCCUGAAGAGGUUGAGGGCGACAGAAUUUGAGGGCGAUAUUGAUCCUGUUCAAGGCUGGCAUGAAAGCUUUGAAAUGUUCAGAAAAGCUGGAUUGAUACUAUGA